UUCAUCCUUAAUCCAUUUGAUCCAUUCAUUCAAUUCCAACCAUGGCCUCAGCCUUCUUGUCUGCACCAACCUUCCAAGGGCUCAGGCCACUCAACAAGACCACUGACUCCCCUAAUUCCCUCUUCCUCAGUACCAAACCCAACUUCUCCAUUGCCCCAAAGAAGAAAUUCAACUGUGGAGUGAAGGCAGAGCUGCUGAACCCAUCUUUGGUGAUCAGCCUCAGCACCGGCCUAUCGCUUUUCUUGGGCAGAUUCGUCUUCUUCAACUUCCAGAGAGAGAACGUCGCCAAACAAGGCCUUCCGGAGCAAAACGGUGUCACCCAUUUCGAAGCCGGAGACACUCGCGCCAAGGAGUAUGUCAGCCUUCUCAAGUCCAAUGAUCCCGUUGGUUUCAACAUAGUCGAUGUUCUUGCAUGGGGUUCCAUUGGACACAUCGUCGCUUACUACAUCCUAGCUACGUCCAGCAACGGCUAUGAUCCCAACUUCUUUUGAUUUGUAUCAGAUUUCCUACUUUAUUCAAUCAAUCUAUCAUGUAUUGUAUAUUGCCUGAUAUUAUCAUUUUAUGAAACAGGGUUUUUCUAUA